CUGAGGUUAGAGUAGGACAGAUAGGAGGGACGGUGGCCAAAACCCAAGCAAGUUAUUUUGGUAAUUUGAAUGAACACUCAUUACAUUUUCCCCCAUCAGCCUGUGCACUUGCUCCAAAUAGCUCCUGGUUUGGGUUUAGGCAGCACAGACUGCAUUUGCAUCUCUCCAGGGGCAUAUGCACAUUCUCUGUGCCUCCAGGUCCAAUGCCAGUCCGAAGCGCUUGAAAACAGAGGGGGUUUGUGGGCAUCUUCUGUGUACCGACCCUUCAAAAGAAGGGUUUCUGCUCUGCAUCAGAUGAAAAAAGAUUUUUAAAAUUGAGUGUCUAGUGCUGGGGUGGAUAGUGGUGAACAUUCUACAUGAACACCAGGGUGUGAUAGUUUUUCGAGUAUUCCAUGGUGCUCCCUCCUGUGAUCUUUGCUGUGCAGCUCCCAUUUAAUCCUUUCUGCCUACUGCCAUCAAAACAUGGGGGAAAAUGAAGAUGAGAAACAGAGCCAGGCCGGCCAGAUUUUUGAGAACUUUGUCCAAGCAUCCACAUGUAAAGGCACACUGCAGGCCUUCAACAUCCUCAUUCGGCACCUGCAGCUUGACCCCUCGGACCACAGGAACUUCUAUUCCAAACUGAAGACUAAGGUGACCACCUGGAAAGCCAAGGCCCUUUGGAACAAACUAGACAAGCGAGGAACCCAUAAAGAGUAUAAGCGAGGGAAAUCUUGUAUGAACACCCGGUGUCUGGUGGUUGGAGGAGGACCCUGCGGCUUGCGCACUGCCAUUGAACUUGCCUAUCUGGGAGCCAAAGUGGUUGUGGUGGAGAAAAGAGAUACGUUUUCCAGAAACAAUGUGUUGCACCUUUGGCCAUUCACCAUUCAUGACCUGCGGGGUCUCGGUGCCAAAAAGUUCUAUGGGAAGUUCUGUGCGGGCUCCAUCGACCACAUCAGUAUUCGACAGCUCCAGCUCAUCUUGUUUAAGGUGGCACUGAUGCUGGGAGUGGAAAUCCAUGUGAAUGUAGAAUUUGUGAAGGUCCUCGAACCUCCCGAAGAUCAGGAAAACCAAAAAAUAGGCUGGCGAGCAGAAAUUCUACCUGCAGAUCACCCCUUAUCUGAUUUUGAAUUUGAUGUUAUCAUUGGUGCUGAUGGUCGAAGGAACACUCUAGAAGGUUUCAGAAGGAAAGAAUUCCGUGGGAAGCUGGCUAUUGCAAUCACUGCCAACUUCAUAAACAGAAACACCACAGCUGAAGCCAAGGUAGAAGAAAUCAGUGGGGUGGCUUUCAUCUUCAACCAGAAGUUCUUUCAGGAUCUUAAAGAAGAAACAGGGAUCGACUUGGAGAACAUUGUCUACUACAAGGACAGUACUCACUACUUUGUGAUGACAGCGAAAAAGCAGAGUCUCCUGGAUAAGGGGGUCAUUGUGAAUGAUUACGUUGACACAGAGCUCCUGCUUGGCCCGGAGAACGUGAACCAAGACUGCCUGCUGUCCUACGCGAGGGAAGCGGCCGACUUUGCCACCAAUUACCAGCUGCCUUCCCUGGACUUCGCCAUGAACCACUACGGCCAGCCUGACGUGGCGAUGUUUGAUUUCACCUCCAUGUAUGCUUCUGAGAACGCAGCCCUGGUCCGGGAGAGGCAAUCCCAUCAGCUCCUCGUGGCCUUGGUGGGAGACAGCUUACUAGAGCCUUUCUGGCCCAUGGGUACAGGAUGUGCUCGGGGUUUCCUGGCAGCCUUUGAUACAGCAUGGAUGGUGAAGAGUUGGGACCAAGGAAUCCCACCCCUUGAGAUCCUGGCUGAGCGGGAGAGUCUUUACCGACUGUUGCCUCAGACGACUCCAGAAAACAUCAGUAAGAAUUUUGAGCAGUACACUCUUGACCCUGGCACUCGGUACCCAAACCUCAACUCAAACUGUGUCCGGCCUCAUCAGGUAAAGCAUUUAUACAUUACUACGGAGUUACAUCAUUUGCCCCUUGAGAGAUUGGGCUCUAUAAGGAGAUCAGUCAGCCUUUCCCGGCGAGAAUCCGACAUUCGUCCCAACAAGCUUUUAACCUGGUGUCAGAAGCAGACCGAAGGCUACCAACAUGUCAACGUCACGGAUCUGACCACCUCCUGGAGAAGUGGUCUUGCCUUAUGUGCCCUUAUUCAUCGCUUCAGACCAGAACUCAUCAAUUUUGAUUCUUUGAAUGAAGAAGAUGCCAUUGGGAACAACCAGUUGGCAUUUGACAUUGCAGAGCAGGAGUUUGGAAUCCCCCCCAUGACCACAGGCAAAGAGAUGGCAUCUGCCCAGGAGCCAGAUAAGCUCAGUCUGGUCAUGUAUCUCUCUAAGUUCUAUGAGCUGUUUCGAGGGACACCUCUCAGACCUGUUGAUUCUUUGGGUAAAAAUUAUGGAGAAAAUGGUGACCUUAGCUUAGCCAAAUCAUCUAUUUUUAAUAACUAUCUCAACCUAACGUUCCCCAGGAAGCGGACACCACGGGUGGAGAACCACACGGAAGAAAAUGAUAUGAAUAAGCGAAGAAGAAAAGGCAUAGACAAUUUGGAAGAGUCAUCAAGCUUUUCUAGCCGCAGCACUGGCUCAUCUCGAGACUAUGGCAUCAGGAAGGAAGGCAUGAAUCAAAAUAAAGUUAAGUCCAUGGCCAACCAGCUGCUAGCCAAAUUUGAAGAGAAUACUCGGAAUCCUUCUCUCCUGAGACAGACGCAAGCCCUUUCUGACCUAGGUAAGCCAGCCCUACAUUCUCCUGCUGGUCUUCCUGCUAACUCUCGCUUUGCUAAGCCAGAGGACUCUACACUCAGUCCAUCACCUCCUCUCAAAAGGCAGUUUCAGACACGAGCUAUGACUGAGCAGGUGCUCAGGGAGUCAAAGGCAGCUUCUGCUGCAAGCGACGGUCUCACCAGGCCUUUGAGAGCUCGAGCCAAGUCGGAUCUGCAGCCCUCCCACUCGGGAAACUUGGUUCCUCUGCCAUCCGCUUAUCCUGGAGCCUUUGCUCUCAUUGGCACUCUGAGGCGCAUGCAGUACGUGGAGGAAAAGAUCCACCAGAAGAGGGCUCAAAACUUAGCCAACAGGGAGUUUCACAAAAAGAAUAUUAAGGAGAAAGCUGCUCACCUUGCCUCCAUGUUUGCGUGCGAGGACUUCCCCCAGAAUAAACUACUCACCAAAGGUCUUUCUCCCUCCCACCCUCUCCCUUCCUCUUGUCUUCCAUCUGGUGGCUCAACUGAUACUUCCUCUUCCUUGUCUAUUGAUUCUUCUUCCUCUAACAGAAAGUCCUUUGUGCCGGGAGCUACUGGAAAGCCUAGCCCCACUCCAAAGAAGGAAUCUAAGCAAAAGUUAUUGCAGCCAGACCCAAGCCAGAUGACAGUAGGGAAAGUGUCUCGAGGAAUAGGGGCAGUGGCUGAAGUUCUGGUCAAUCUGUAUAUGAAUGAUCACAGACCCAAGACCCAGGCUGCUUCGCCAGAGCGGAGGACAGUAAUGGACCAAACAUCCCUCUCACCCAAUUCAUCUACUUCUCCACCUGAGGCUACUCCUGGCUGGAAUCACCAGGGAUCUUUGAGAAGAGAAUUCCCCCAGAACCUAGGAGGAAGCGACAUCUGUUACUUCUGUAAGAGGCGCGUGUACGUGAUGGAGCGCCUGAGUGCCGAGGGCCACUUCUUUCACCGGGAGUGCUUCAGAUGUGAGAUCUGCUCCACCACGCUUCGCCUGGCUGUCUAUGCCUUUGAUGCCGAUGAAGGCAAAUUUUACUGCAAAGCUCAUUUCAUUCACUGUAGAACCAAUAGCAAACAAAGGAAGAGACGAGCAGAAUUGAAGAGACAAGAGGAGGAAGCAAAGGAGAAACAGCAGGAAGCCAAGUGGCCAGACCCUUCCCCUGAAAUUCUUGGUCCUGCUGUCAACAGCCGAGAAGUCAGCCCGCCAGCAGACGAACCAACCUCCCCUAAAAAACCAAAGAGCAUUCCUGGACCCUGUGAUGUGGAUGGCCAGAGGGUUUUGUUCCCUGCAGAAUGGACUUCUGUGAAAAUUGGCCCUGAGGGAGAAGGGAAUGAAGAUGGCAUCCUGGCCAUAUGUGUCAUGGUCAACAGUGAUGGCAGCAGCUCUGAGACAGAGUCAGAUUCUGGGGGUGAUUCUUCCAAUACACAGUUUAAUGAGGAGAGGGCGUCCAGGACUGAACAAUUUCCCUGCCCAAAGCCCCUCCAACGUCAAGUUUCCCUGACCAUCCCCCAGACCACAAGGACCAGCGUUGGGUAUCCUGAAGAGUCAAAGGCAGUUAACGCUCUGCAACGGGCCCAUAGCCUCCAGCAUCCAGCUUCAAACAAACACCAAAACUGGAGAAGAAAAUUCCAAUCCAAUCUGACAUCACUGAAUGUUAAGAAAUCCAUACUAUCUUCCAAAGACCCAUAUUCUUCCUCAGCUUCUGGUUCUGGGAAUCCUUCUGGUGAUGUGCCCCUGCCUCAGGUGACAUCAUCCAUCAAUUCUCUUGAGAUCACAAGAGGACAUUCCCAGCCCCAAAGUCCAGUCAUUCAGGAAAGAGUUCGCAUUCGAGAGGUGUGUAAGGAAAUCCCUCUCUAUGUACCUCAUCAUUUCCAAAAGGAGGAAAACCAUCCCUUGGGGAUGCCUAAGGAAGACUCUUCUUCCUCAUAUAAGCCAAGGGAUGCUGGCGUGAAGAGUUCCAAUGGCUAUAGGAAAGCCAGAGCGAUUCCUUGGGAACCUCGGAGUGCCCAGAAGGGUCCAGAUCACACUGGAGUAGAGACAAAGAGCUGGGCAUCUCUAGCCUUAUCUCCUAAGGAGGGCCAAUGGAAUACAAGCAUUGGAAGUAGGAGAGAAGACAACCAACUGAAACUGGCUGAGGGGAAAAAACAGUGCUUAAAGAAGUUGGUCCUCACUCAGGAACAAAAGUCUCAGUUGCUGGACUGGGAAGAUGCUAAUGCAGAGAAUCUAAGCCUGGGUGCAGAAGAGAGACCAGAACCAGUGCGUGCAGGAGGUAACGAAAGAGGUGAAACAUCAAAAUUGGCUGACUUAGCAUCCCUUCCUGGGCCAACCAGGGAAGCCUUGUCAGACCAGAGAAGUGCUUCAGAGGGAGCCUGUGGCCCAGCACUGAAGGCUACAGGGGAGUGGACAGUACGCAGACCCAAAUCCCCUCUACGCCUCAUAGCAAAUGCUAUCAGGAGAUCUUUGGAGCCCUUGCUCCCUAACUCGGAAGGUGGAAGGAAGACCAGUGACUCCAGACCAAAGGCACCUAUGGACAAUUCAUCAUUGAAUGGCCCCCACCUUAGUGUUCACUCCCAAAACUUAAGGAAAACAAGUUAUAGUAAAGACCAUGAUGUACAGAAACCCAACCUCACUUCUUUACUGGUACCUGGGAAGGAGAAAGAGAGCACCGACUCGGCCUUUACACUACAUGAUACUACUACGUCACUGCCAGGGGCACAUAGCCUUUUAGAUAGAGCUGCCCGGGCUCACAGUUUGCCCAGUAGGCAGAAGAGACCUAUGACCUUACCCUCUGCCAAGAUAGAAGAUGUCUCUGACAAAGUUAGAUUGAAAGAGGUGCUAUUAGGGAGACCUUUGGAUCAGUCCAAUGCCCUGACAAAGAAGAGCAGUCUCUUUUCUUCCUUUAGACUCAAAGAAAAAACUAACGAGAAUCUGGGGACAAUGAGAACAUCAAAGGAUCUCAGCAAUAUCUUUAGUAACCCAGGAGCAAUGGACAUUUGCCACCCUUCAACGAUGUCUUCACAGCUAUGGAAUAAGUCCUCCUCAGGCCAAAUAGAUAUUCCUUUCCCUGGAGAAAACCCAAGCUCCAAGCACCUACCUGUCAGAGCACAGAUGACUGAGUGUUAUUCCUCCUCUUCUUCUGAGACUACCUCCUCCUCAGAUGGUGAAUUUGAACCCAAACCUUCCUUACCACCAAAGGAAAGACGAACACUUAAAAGGAUAAGGAAGAUGGAGAAGGCCUCUAAACAGCUGGCUAAGCAAGAGGAAUUAAAAAGGCUUUACAAGGCCCAGGCUAUCCAGCGUCAACUGGAAGAGGUGGAAGAACGGCAAAGGGCCUCAGAGAUCCAGGGCGUUGAGCUGGAGAAGGCGCUGAGGGGAGAGUCAGAUUCAGGCGCACAGGAUGAGGCACGGCUCCUGCAUGAAUGGUUUAAGCUGGUCCUGGAGAAGAAUAAAUUAAUGCGAUAUGAAUCCGAGCUCUUGAUCAUGGCUCAAGAAUUAGAACUGGAAGACCACCAAAGUCGGCUGGAACAGAAGCUAAGAGAAAAAAUGUCUAUGGAAGAGAGCGAAAAAGAUGAACAAGUUCGGAAUGAGGAACGGGAAAUUUUCACCAAGAUGAUGAGAGUGAUUGAACAGAGGGACAAGCUAGUGGAUUCCUUGGAGGAGCAGAGAGUGAAAGAAAAAGCUGAAGAUCAGCACUUUGAAAAUUUCAUGUUAUCUCGGGCUUAUCAACUCAGCAGAUCAUGAAGAAUCCUGGAUACGUGCAUCCCUAUCACCUGUGGGAACUGGAGGGGAUCAGAAAAAGAAUACGUUGCCUGAUGACUGGGGACACAUGAUUGAGAAAAUUCUUAGUACCAGAGCUAUAAUGCUGGUGGGCAACUAGGGCUGUGCCCUAGGGGAUGAAAUUUAGGGGACACAGACUACUCUACUUACAGCCCUUUCAGCAACAGAGGAAGAUCUGGGUUUAGCACUCACAGCAGCUAUAUCCUAAGGGAAGCUUUUACCUGGUGCUGCCCUGCCCCAGAAUUAGGCAAACUGGUAUCCUUGGGUAAAUAUUCUUACCCAUCACAUGAAUGUUAAGUUACUGGUUCUAGGAACAAAAAUGACCAAUUACAACACAUUCUUCUGUUUCAAGUCAUAAACAGAUUAACACAGAAAAAACCCGGACAAGUUUUUAAUUUUUUUUAAAAAAGGAUUUUUAAAAAUAAUUUUAAAAAAUAGUAUGGUAGAGUGGUAGGAUACUAGACUGUAUGUAUUCUGAGGACUCAGGUUCAAAUCACAUCUCUGUCACUUAUGUGAAUUUGGCAAAUCAUCUCUCCAGGACUUAAUCUUCAACUAAAAAUGAAGGAAUUGGACUAGAUAAUCUUUGAGACUUCUCCUAACUUGAGUUCCAUGAUCUCAUCACGGUGCCAAUAAGUCUAAUCAUGUGAAGUUCUCCCAGACCCUUCUAAAGAUUUACAAGAACCAUUUGGAAAAUGAUGACCAAAUUACCAGACCCUCUGAUGCUCCUUCUAGGUAGAACUUGUGCAUAGAGAAUGGACCUCAUCUUUUGUCCUUAUGGAAGUAACAUACACACACACACACACACACACACACACACACACACACACACACCACACUUUCCUGCUGCAAUUAAGACUAAGAUUUCUGUUCAAAUAUUGAGAAGGCUCUCUGUGCUUUAGUAUUUUAAAGAGACUUUUUCCACCAUUAAUUUAUCCAUAUUUGCUUUUUGUGUAUGGAUGAACUGUUUUUAAAUGUCAGAAGAAAGCUCCACUGGUUUAAAGAUUAGAUUAAUAUUUAAAUUGGGUUUCAAGAGAAGGAGAAACUUCUUAGCCCACUGAUUACACAAAGCAAACACCCAGUAUAGCAGGUGUGAAUUCAAUCUAGGGUGGGUUUAAUUUACCAGGUGCCUUUAUAAACCCUAAUAUAAUGUACACAAGGGAUGUACUUUUAAUACAAUAUUUGAGUCCUAAUUUCGUCCAAGUCCCAAACUGUUACUUAAUACCAGAGGGAUUAACAGCUUUGACAAAAUGUUAUGGGCUUAAAAAUGUCUUGCCUUUGGGGAACUCUAUCUGGUCGUGUCCAGAACAUGAUAAGGCAAGUCAGAGGCUGUUUAUACCUUCCUAAUUCAUGCUUUACCUCAAUUUCAUAAUCCUCAAUAGAAAAAAAAAAUGAAACACUGAUUCCUAUUUUAGCUGUUGCUAAAAUAUGACAAUACUAAACCUCAACUAGUGUGAGUAAUGGGUCCAUAAAAUUAGUAUUGAUUCCAAGAAGAAAAAUAUUCAGGAAGAAUUCAAAAAUUGACACUACUUUAGUCUCUGUUCUCUCAAAUUGGCAUCCAGUUCAUGAACUUCUCCACUCCCACAUUUUCAUGUCCACGUUUCAGAUUUCUGAAAUUUCCUUUAGUGUUGACUUGAGAUCUGGGGCAUUGGGUUGGGAAGCUGAAACCUUUGGAUAAA